UUUGGUGGAAACCGGUACAAAAUCUAUCCAAUCCACAAACCAGUAUCGCCAUCUACGGAAAACUGCAAACUACUCCUGACCCCCAUUGUUUUUGCCACAACUCUGUUAUUACAAAAGCUUUUAGCUUGGAGCCUUAAAGACCCAGAUCUGAACCGAACGAAAACUGACCCACUGCCCACUGUGUGGAAAGUUCAAUAGUAAUUUCUAGGGGAUUGGAUUGACUGACGCAACAACCCACCGACCCACCGCAAUGGUCAUGAGCAUGAGCACACAGCCACCGCAAAGCCACAGUACAGUCCAAAACCAGAGGCCCCCAAAAACCAAAGUCAAGGAAAACAAGAAAAGCGAAGAAAAUGCGUACAUGGAGAGCGAAACCCGUUUGGCUGGCUGCUGACCAAACGAAAGGGAAACCACAUCCGAGAUUGAGACUGGAGACUGAAGACUGAAGACUGAAGACUGAAGACUGAGGACUGGGGGAGAGCCUGGACAACUCGAUUGGAUGAGGCUAUUAUGUCAUCGCCAUUGCGGAAAGCAAGCGGAGUGGGAUGGACUUUGUUUUGAUGAUAACUUCGCGUGGUUCCGGUUUUUUACGAAAGGUGGUCGAAAGUGGAGCUGGAGCUGAAGCUGGAGCUGGGACUGGAGCCUGGCAGCUGGCAUCGAUUUUUGGCAUCCAAUUUGAAGCUUAAACAUGACUGCAGCUUGGGGAGAUUGCCCAUUUGAACGCUGACAACGAAGCUCAACGGACACGCAGGACACUCCCGGAUAGACAUGGGAUUCAGAUUUAUAAUGUUGGCUGCCAUGGGCCUGGGGGCCAUGUACAUGAUGCAUCUGCUGGCACAGGACUGGAAUAGGAUACGCCCCAUCCAGGGCAUCACCACGCUGGCGGGUCAGGUUAGCUCUGGCUUAAAUCUGAACAGACUCCCAGCUCUGGCGGGACAGGCCAGUGCGGCCCUCACUCGGAUUCGUGGUAGACGAGAGGCGCCCACAUACCACAGGGCUCGAGGCACUGGCACUCCCGACUCUGGACGGGGUCCAUAUCGAGCUCCUCCACCCGCCAUCGACUGGAAGCGCAUUCUCUCGCGCGAUCCCUUCGAGUGCCUUCAGUCGCUGAUCUGUCAGCUUAUGUCCGGUGCCGAAGCAGCUGCUCCCGAGGCCGAGCUCCUCAUGGACUACCUGGAGUCAUCGCUGGAGCUGGCUCCGGCCAAAAUCGGACGCGCCUUCAGUCGGGGCCUGGCGCUGCGCGGCUCCACGGAUCGUUGCUACAAUGAGUAUCCUUUCUGCCUGUACUCAGCGAAGACAAUGUUGCGUAUCCUUCGCUGGUUCAGCGAAACGGGAGAAGUCCCCCAAGAUAUGGAGAGUGGGCAGAAGGCAGAUGAUUAGGAGUGGCUGCGCUAGAUUAAAA